AUAGAAGUAAUUGUCAAAUUACAAAUAGAAAAGUACUUAAGUCCUACCCAAGUGGGUCAAAAAUAUACUGCACUUAAUAUACAUUUAAACAAAAAUGCAUUUUCAUUUAAUUUUGAUUAACAUGUAAAAAAGUGUCCAAAAAUGUUACAUUCAGUUCACACUUAAGAAUAUUCUUUUAAAUUAUAUUUUGUCAAUAGGCACUCUUUGAAAAGUAUGCUAAAGUCUUCUAUCUUUAACACUGUGAAGUUAAUAUUUUUAUAUUAAGGCAUGAAUGCUGAAUUUAUAACAAUGCAUUACAUCUAGUGUGGAAGACUAUAGAGCUGGUACCUGUGAUAGUAUUUGAUGUGUACUGUAUCAAGAGCUCUGUGUCAGUAAUGUGCAUUUGUGUGUGCCGUCUGAUCUUUGAUUCAGAAAUAUUGAUUUAAUCCAGCAUAAUCCCUUCUGAUCUGCAGUAAGACCUGAUUAAAGAGAUUACAGAAGACUCCAAACUCUUCCUCUAAAACUGCUUUUCUUAUUUGUGCUCAGAUGCGUUCAUCGUUCUGGGCUGCAACUCUAAAGCUAAACUAGAUUUUAGGCGACUAUGGCAAGAAAUUUCAUGGGAUGUUUAGGCACUAAAGAGAAAAACCUUGUGAGGAAGCAGACUCAGUUGGGGGAUGAGGUUUAUGGUGGUUUUCAUAUGUGUAUUAUGUGUACCAUUACUCAAAGCUCAUGCUGUUAUUGAUGUCUCUUAUAGCUUUUACAUCACUGAGCAAACGUGUGCAUGUGUGUUUGUGUGUGUCUGCGUCUAUAUGACCAGCUCUUCUACCCAUAAGAAAUGUUGUUCACAACCCAUUUAAGUGAAACGGGAUUUUCAACCAAAAAUGUAGGACAGGACUUGAUUUUAUCCACCAGGACAUGAUUGGAUCAUGAGAAAUGUCUAUGUAGCAAGUGAUUAGCAGAAAAGAGUUGAAAAAAGUGACAUAUGCGAUGCCAGAUAUAAAGAAUUAUCGUCAGUGUAUGUCUGGUCUGCUGGUCCCUCCCUAUGGUGUUAUGGAGAGCGGCCCAAAUACUGACAGAAUGCCUGACAAAGAGAAUCUGAACAACAGUUCACCCGGAUCAUCAUCCAAACACUUAAAUAAGAAAUCAUUAAUUCAAAGUCCCACCAAACUUCACCCCAAAUCCAUUACUCAGGUGCCAUCAGAAAAGAUCCUCCGGGCAGGUAAAGUGUUACGAAACACCAUCCUGUCCCGAGCACCUCACAUUAUCAGAGAUAGGAAGUACCACCUUAAAACAUACAGGCAGUGCUGUAUGGGCACGGAGCUCGUUGAUUGGCUGAUGCAGCACACUUCCUGUGUUCACUCUCGUGUUCAGGCUGUAGGGAUGUGGCAGGUGCUGCUGGAGGAGGGUGUCCUAAACCACGUGGACCAGGAGCUGAGUUUCCAAGAUAAGUAUCUGUUUUAUCGCUUCCUGGAGGAUGAGACAGAGGACGCACCCCUCCCCACUGAGGAAGAGAAGAAAGAGAGCGAUGAAGAACUACAGGACACCCUCCUGCUCCUCUCUCAGAUCGGACCUGACGCCCAUCUGCGAAUGAUCCUGAGUAAACUGCCAGGCCAGAGGACAGUAGAUGACCUGGAGAUCAUUUAUGAGGAGCUGCUGCAUAUUAAGGCCUUAUCACAUCUCUCCACCACUGUGAGGAGGGAACUAGCUGGUGUUCUGAUAUUUGAGUCUCAUGCCAAAGCAGGCACAGUGUUGUUUAAUCAAGGGGAGGAGGGCACGUCAUGGUACAUCAUUCUGAAAGGCUCCGUUAACGUGGUGAUCUAUGGAAAGGGUGUAGUUUGCACGUUACAUGAGGGAGAUGACUUCGGGAAGCUGGCUCUGGUGAAUGAUGCACCUCGGGCAGCAUCUAUCGUACUGAGAGAGGACAACUGCCACUUCCUGAGAGUGGAUAAAGAAGACUUCAACAGAAUCCUCAGGGAUGUGGAAGCAAACACUGUCCGUCUGAAGGAACAUGAGGAGGAUGUGUUAGUUUUGGAGAAAACUAACAACAGGGGCUCCAGUUCCUCUCCUCUCAAGUAUACUGUGAUGUCCGGAACUCCGGAGAAGAUUCUGGAACAUCUUCUGGAGACAAUGAAACUCGACUCCCAAUUCACAGAGUCAGAUCCUGCUCUGGAUGACUUUUUGCUUAUGCACUGUGUUUUUGUCCCAAACACUCAGCUGUGUCCUCUGCUUAUGUCCCACUAUCAUGCUCAGCCGUCUCAGGGCAGUGAACAGGAGCAGAUGGAUUACUCUCUCAAUAACAAGCGCAGGGUGAUUCGUCUGGUCUUACAGUGGGCCGCCAUCAACACAGACCACCUGCAGGAGGAGGACAGCUCUUUCAACUUCCUCCAGGAGUUUUAUGAGACAGUGUGUGAAGAUUCCAGACUCAUUCCAGCUCUGAAAGACCAGCUUGCCGAACUAGAGAAGAUCAUCAAGCAAAACUGUGAUGAUGGCCGGCCCUCUCAGAAAAAGCACAAAGUCCUGCUGCGUCAGUUCAGUACAGGGAACGACAGACUGCAGAACAAACAGCCAAUCAAAAGCACAGACGAGAUCCUCUUUAAGGUGUACUGCAGUGAUCAUACCUACUCCACUAUCCGAGUGCCUGUCGCUGCGUCUGUCAGAGAGGUCAUCGGUGCUGUUACCGAUAAGCUGGGGUCAGGAGAUGAUCUUCUGCUCAUCCACCUCAACUCAGCCGGAGAUAAAGAACUUCUAAAGCCAUCAGAUGUGUCCAUCUUCUCAUCACUGAGCAUUAAUGGCCGUCUGUUUGUAUGCCCGAGGGACCAGAUCGACUCUUUGACUCCGCUGCCGGAGCAGGAAGGGCCUUCUGCAGGCUCCAUGUCCACGUUUGAGCUCAUGAGCUCGAAAGAUCUGGCUCAUCAUAUGACUCUCUACGACUGGGAGCUCUUCGACUGUGUACACGAGCAUGAGCUGAUCUACCACACGUUUGGCCGUCAGCAUUUCAAGAAGACCACAGCUAAUCUGGAUCUGUUCCUGCGGCGCUUUAAUGAGGUUCAGCUGUGGGUGGUCACAGAGGUUUGUUUGUGUCCCACGCUCAGCAAACGCGUCCAACUGCUCAAGAAGUUCAUCAAGAUUGCAGCGCACUGUAAAGAGUUUAAGAAUUUGAACUCAUUCUUUGCCAUUAUCAUGGGCCUGGGAAACCCUGCGGUCUGUCGACUCAGUCAGACAUGGGAGAAACUGCCCAGCAAGUUCAAGAAGUUUUAUGGAGAGUUUGAAAACCUGAUGGAUCCCUCCAGAAAUCACAGAGCAUAUCGACUUACAGUGGCCAAGUUAGAACCACCUAUCAUUCCCUUCAUGCCUUUAUUAAUUAAAGACAUGACUUUCACACAUGAGGGUAACAAGACGUUUACUGACAGAUUGGUGAACUUUGAGAAAAUGAGAAUGAUUGCAAACACAGUCAGAAUCAUGAGAUACUGCCGGAGUCAGCCAUUCAAUCAAGAAGCACCGCAGGUGACUGGUAAAAGCCAUCAGGAUGUACGGAGCUACGUGCGUCACAUUAACGUGAUUGACAACCAGCGAACCCUGUCACAGCUGUCCCACAGACUGGAGCCGCGCCGGACCUGAUCCACUCCCAUCAGUGCUGCUUUACCUCUGCCAGUCAAUAAGCUAGCUGUAUAUGGACAGAAGCCUUCCUCCGCUGCAGCGUAUGCACUCACAAGGGCUUUCCCUUUCUUUGGCUGGUUGUGUGAAAGCGUGGCUUCAUUUCAGUGUGCGGCUGUGGAUGUUCAGAGCUCUGUUUGUGACAUUUCUUAUAUUCUGCCACCGAUCAGAUGUUCCCCUUGCUUUCAGAUUGUGUUUGUAACAGUUGGACACCUUACAUGGUGUUUUGGAGUUUGGAAUCACGAGUUUCUUUCAAAGAGUUUGUCCUGUGGGAGCUUUUGGAGACUAUUUUUUUUAUAAUUUGAAGGACAUUCUGAGCUUAUUGAGUUUGCUGACCUUAAAAAUACAGUUUAAAAAUUUGGGGUUAGUAAGAUUUUUUUUUUUUUAAAGAAAUUAAUAUUCAGCAAGGAUGCAUUAAAUUGAUGAAAAGUGACAGUAAAGACAAUUACAAUCUCACAAAAUAUUUCAAAUAAAUGCUGUUCUUUUGAAUUUUGUAUUCAUCAAAUAAUCCUAAAAAUAUAUCCGUCUCCACAAAAAACAAACUAAAACACACCCACACACAAAUAUAUAUAUAUAUAUAUAUAUAAUUUUUAAUAAUAGAAGGAUCGUGUGAAUGAAUAAAUAAAUAAAUGCAGCCUUGGUAAGCAUAAGAAACUUCUUUCAAAAACAUUGAAAAAUAUUACCAACUCCAAAUUUUUGAAUGAUAGUGUUUAUCAAUCAUCUCAAAGCAUUUCGAAUUUCAUUUCUACAUUUUUUUAAUUAUGAUAUAUGGAUAUUUUUUGGACUGGAUGUAAAUGUUUACUGGAUAUUUAUGUCAUCUUCAGCAUGAAGAAAAAAAACUCUAAAUGGUGAAAUGAGAAAUUAUGAGCACAUUUCAAAAGCCUGUUGUUGGCUUGUCUGCAAACUUUAUACCUCUGUGUGUAUUGUGUAAAUAAAACUGUCAUAAGAUGACACG